ACUGGUGAGUGCGCUUUCUCUUUGUGUGUAUCGGCGUUUUCUCGAUCUCGACGAAAACAAUGGCGGCAGCUAGGUUCUUGUGGGCUUCUAGGGUUGCUUCUCGUCUAAGGAUCUCCGUUGCCCAACGAGGGUUUGCUUCCGUGGUAUUGAAGGAUUUGAAAUAUGCUGAUUCACAUGAAUGGGUGAAGAUUGAUGGGAAUAAAGCAACGUUUGGUAUAACGGAUCACGCGCAGGACCACUUGGGCGAUGUUGUCUAUGUUGAGUUGCCUGAUCUGGGACGUUCGGUGUCUCAAGGUGAGAGUUUUGGAGCAGUUGAAAGUGUGAAAGCUACUAGUGAUAUCAACUCUCCUGUCUCUGGUAAGGUGGUUGAAGUCAAUGAGGUUCUGACUGAGUCCCCUGGAUUGGUGAACACGAGCCCUUAUGAAGAAGGAUGGAUCAUAAAGGUGGAGCUGAGUGAUGCAGGCGAGGUGGAGAAGCUGAUGGAUUCAGACAAGUACUCUAAGUUCUGUGAAGAAGAGGACGCCAAGCACUGAGCUUUUUUUUGUCUUCUAAAAACUCACUGCAACAGAGUUUGUUGUUCUCAGACGAAGAUCAAAAUAAAAUCUUGAUCUAUGUAGAGUCAUAGAGUGGAUGAAUCAAGGAAAUUCUCAAGAUUUCGAUCUCUGCUUCUCUUUUAAGUACUUUUUUUAUUAAAAAAAUAAUGGUAGAUAAUAAUAAUAUUUGGCAUUUCCGGUUGA